AAAACCUGAUUUGACAUCGAGCAUCCAUAUCCAUUAUCAUAUUGUUAAGCUAUGAUCAGUAAAGAAAGAAGAUCGAGCGAAUCGCUCUGCGAGAAAUCCAUGCUAUUGGUAGCGAAUUUAAUCAAGCUUUCCAGCUCUAUUUCUUUCGCCAAAACCGCCAAUGAAGUAACUGCUGGAUCUAGGGCGGCAGUGCGGCAAUCGCGAGGAAAUCCGGCGAAGACGCCUCUGAUUCCAGGAAGUAGAAGGUUGCAGGAGCCACAGAGCCGUGCGAAGCCGAUCUACGUGACGAAGCCAGGCGGAGGAGGCUUCCAAAUCGGCCAUGGAUCGCCUAGGUAUUCGUCGCCGUCGCCUUCUUCGUAUUUGAUUCGCGAAGAGAGCGAUUUUAUUGAGGCGAAUGUGGAUGGUUGGGCGUCUGAGUACAUAGAGAAAGUUCAUAAGAACAGGAAGAAUUUGGAUGAAUCGACGGCGAAGAAGCCAUAUUCAAUCGCUGAAAGUCGCCUUCGUAGAGCCUCCUCUGCUCGGAACUAACCAGAUUUUGGGGGGAAAAUUAUAUAUAUAUAUAUUCUCUAAAUUUUAUCCCUGUGAAUUAAUGUCUUAAGCGCUACUUCAUUUGGUUUACUAAACAAUAAAUUCAAAGUAAUUUUGAUGAAUUAAAAAAUAUUUAAUCAACAAGUAGAAGAUCGGAUCGUCGACCAUCAGCAUAUCGUACUUCAUUGCCACUUCUCGAAGCAUCGGAAGAGAAGUCAGGAAAUGCCAAUGCAGGGUUAAUUUCGUUGACAACUCUUUUUUUUUUUUUGCCUCUUGCUCGUAUCCUAACCUGAGAAGACGUCAAUAGACUGUUUCAAACUCAUUUGGUGUGAUUCAUAGAAAAAAAUCGAAAAACUAAGUAAUUCCAUACAUUUAC